AUGUCAGGGCAAGACUCGCACUUAUUUUCGAGUAAGUCGAGUGGCGCUUCAAGUGUUUUGCGGCCAUCCAAACUGCCUAUUUUUGGUAGGCGCACCUCUGAGAAACACCCGCCACCCACAUCCCAAACUCCGGUCAGUUCCACAGUCACCACUUCUUCACUGGGUCGUGUUCGCCCCUCUACAGUUGUCAGACCCUUCUUUGCUGCGCAGUACCAACCCACUGCUAACAACGAUGCCCAACGUAGACGCUAUCCUGCUAGUCAACCUAGCACGCCUGUACGUGGUGGUCAGCCUGAAACGAAUCAGGAAUUUCAGCAGCUUCACCGCAGUGCACACUUCCUUAGGUCAGGUGCAACUCCCGGUUCAACCACACCAAAAAGAGGUGAAAUCAGUGGGGCUAUUCCCCAAUCCAUCUCCUUCCCGGGUUCACGUCAUGCCCUUGGAAACCAGCCUUCCAAGUCUUCAAAAUCUAAAUCCUAUUGCAUGGAGAAUAUGUCAUUUGAGCAUUUACAGUAUCUGGAGCGACGACUUCAGCAGCUUCUUGAAGUCACGUCCUUCCAACCUGUCCUCUCUGCCAAGGCGAAGAGUGACUCAGGUCGCCAAUCAACACAUCCUUCAUGGGCCAGCAGCACUCAUCACCACCACCACCAUCAACACCAGGCCCUUCACUACCCGGUAGUAGCUACUCCCUUACACUACCAUCCACACACCACUCCGCUCCUCCUCUUUCCACCGCAAUCGAUACCUCAACCCCUGCCAACACCAUCACUGCCACCACCGGCAUCGCAGCUGCUACCACCUCAUCCAACUGUCUCCGGACCGAAUUUCGGCGACAUCGACCCCUACUAUCUUUCCUCUCCUUCCUCGGCCUCCUCAUGCUACGCAGGUUCCUCUCCGUCCUCGUUGCAGGACUUCAACAGGGAUGAGAAGUUAAGAAAGAGGGCAAUAGAGAAACCGAGCCACAGCUUUAAAGCUGUUGCUCCAUUCGCCUUCACUGUGCAUUACAAAUUCGAGACGAGUUUAGUGAAUUUCUUACCCCAUCAGUUGAAGGGUGUGCAGGAGAAUGAGGCAAAAGGCGAGGGUCUACAAGAGGGUAGGUGGAUUCCCAACGCCUCCACCCGCCACAGCCCUCCUGGCCGACCGUGCGCGCACACGCGGACGUUUGCAUGCGUGUGGGGAUGGCAACGUAUGGCGCGGCACAAUGCAGCAAUGCACCUUUUGAUCUGUCUGCUCCAUGCGGUGCGCAAUAUGCUGUCAAUGCACCAACAGAGUCAACAAUCAUCCACCUCAAAAUCCACCUCUUCACUAGAUCCACUCUCAGCGCUUCAACACAGACCUUUCAGCUGGUACCUUCACCGUACUGCAGACACUACUGCUGCCUCCUCUCCUGCCUCCUCCACAAUAAAUCUCUUUCUCGAUGAGGACGAUUCUGUGAAUGUGGAAGCGAUGGACGAUGGAGGGGUUGUUGUAACGGACGACAGCGAAGAAGAAGAAGGGAGGGGACGGAAGAAUUCUGCCUCCGAAGGGGGUCCUCAUCCUCCACACCUCCCACCCGGCUUCCGAAACUUCUCCCGCUAUCUCGAUUCCAAAUUUGGACCCGAUUCUACGGAGGAACAACGUAGCCGCCAUCACCAUCGCCAUCAACGAAGACGGCAUCGAGAAGUAAAUGACAAUAACAACACCGCCCCCGUCGUUGCCACCACUUCAAGCAGUGGGAGUAAUCGAGGAAGAAGUGAUACCGAUGUGAGACCCAAAAUCUCAAUCACUACUUGCUCUGGAGACACCGGACCCUACUCCGAUUUAGCACCCUCUCCUCAUGAAUCAUUUCGCAAAACCACUACCCCCAAUCCCACCAGCGGUGAAGAUAACGAACUUGCACAGCGAUUAGCCCCAGCCUGGUGCGCACCCUACUGGUGCCCUCCUCCACCACUGAACGCUGGACAACCCACUUCUUGGUACCAUCAUGCUGCUCCACCACCUCCACCUCCCCUUCCUCCGCCACCACCCCCACUGCCACCUCCUCAAGUUCGCUAUUUCGCCCCACCACCGCCACCGAAUGCAGCAGCGGCAUGCUGGUUUAGAGCGGCUGCAAAUCACUUCGCUACCGCAGCUGCCAUCUUUGCUGCAGAUAACGCCGCCGCUGCCUCCGUGCUGGCGGCUCCACACCAACUGCUGCCGCCAUUUCCACACCCCAGUGAUCCGACAUUUGUCGAUAGGACGCGUGAACACCGGGCACCUGCAUCAAGUUCAUCUUCCACCGUGCAUCCACAAAAUGUACCAACAACCUCCCCUUCAAAUUCUCCGAGUCUCACCCUCUACCCUCCACCGCAGUUCGACGAAGGCAAUUCCAUCGGGAAAGGUGAGGGGGAGGAAGAAGACGAGGUUUUCUUGGUCUCCGAUGAGGAGAAUCAGCAGCAAGGUCAUCGCCGAUGUCUACGCCGUUUACCUGCAGUGGAGCCGCUUCAACGCCAGCUCUGGGGUCGACGUAGCGAUGAUUCGGGCUCGCCCCUCGACAGCACUCAGACAGAUGGUGAUGGGACCUGUGCAUUGGACAUGCUUCCACAAGAUCCAGCUCUAAUUCUGCCUGAUCAGGUGGACUUCUAUGCCCAAAUAAAGGAUCUGCUGGAGCUGGACAGUAACAUCUCGUUACCCCUGCCAACGGGUUGGGCAGUGGGUGUCUCUUCGUCGGGUCGGCGUUUUUACGUCUCCUGCACUACUGGCGAUGCUGGUAACGGUGGUGGAGGCAAGAGAUCGAUCUCUUCCCGAAAUCGCGCCCGAACCACCACUUGGCAACAUCCCAUUAUCGCGCCUCGCAUUCCUCUCGGCUGGGAACGUGUCGAAAUGCGACGAGGGAAUUGCGUCUACUAUCGUCAUCUUCUCAUACCCCACACACAACGCCAUCAUCCCGAUCUCUGGUUUCCUACGAGUCUGAAGAACGUCGAAUUUGAGCAGCAAAGUUGGUUCUCCGACCUCCGCAAGCUGCAAGAAUCCGUCUCCAACUUUGAUAAAGGAAAUUCCCAACUCAUCGAGUCGUAUGUGGACGCCAUAGAUUCCAUUGAGGAAGCUCAUUUUACGGUACUACUGAAACAGCAUGAUGUGGGACAGCUGGAGAAGUUGUUGAAACAUCUAGACUGUCGUUUCUUCCGUGACCUUCAUCGGAUGGUAGUGGCCUUUGAGGUGGCAAGAAUCCGUAUUGUCCGCGAACUUUUCGUCCAACACAUCCAUAGAACCACAGCCACCACCGUCUCUUCUUCACCUUCUGCAAUUGAUGGUUCUGCGGAGAAAUGA